GGCGCCUGCGCAGUGGCGUCCGCCGCUGUUGGCCGGUCGCGCCGCGCCUCCGCCGACGCCUGGUCGGUGGGUGUUUCUCUCUCUCACACACACAUAGAGAGAGACGCGGCCGGGUGCCGUCGGAAGGCGUCCGUCGCAAGGGGGUGGUGUGGGGUGAGGUGGAGAAGAGAGGGGAGGGGCGGCUGUCCGUCCCCGCGACUGAGGCGCGGGUUUUUUUGGGGGGAGGGAGGAGGAGAGGGAAGAGGGGCGGGACGGAGCGCGCGAGCAUGUGAAGAUGGCGGAGCUGCAGAUGCUGCUGGAGGAGGAGAUCCCCGGGGGGCGCCGGGCCCUCUUCGACAGCUACACCAACCUCGAGCGGGUCGCCGAGUACUGCGAGACCAACUACAUACAGUCCACAGAUAAGCAACGGGCCCUAGAAGAAACCAAAGCAUAUACAACACAGUCUUUAGCUAGUGUAGCCUAUUUGAUCAACACCUUGGCCAACAAUGUUCUACAGAUGCUGGAUAUCCAGGCAUCCCAGCUUAGGCGUAUGGAAUCUUCAAUCAACCACAUUUCACAAACAGUUGACAUACAUAAAGAAAAAGUGGCCAGAAGAGAAAUUGGCAUCUUGACCACAAAUAAAAACACUUCAAGAACUCACAAAAUCAUUGCACCAGCCAACCUGGAGAGACCAGUUCGCUAUAUUAGAAAACCUAUUGAUUAUACAAUCCUAGAUGACAUUGGACAUGGAGUGAAGGUUAGUACACAGAAUAUGAAAAUGGGUGGCCUGCCUCGUACCACGCCACCCACCCAGAAGCCACCCAGUCCGCCAAUGUCAGGGAAAGGAACGAUUGGGCGUCACUCUCCCUAUCGCACACUGGAGCCAGUGCGUCCUCCAGUGGUACCAAAUGACUAUGUACCUAGCCCUACCCGUAAUAUGGCUCCCUCGCAACAGAGCCCUGUUAGGACAGCUUCUGUGAAUCAGAGGAAUCGCACUUACAGCAGUGGGAGCAGUGGAGGGAGCCACCCUAGCAGUAGGAGCAGCAGUCGAGAGAACAGCGGAAGUGGAAGUGUGGGAGUCCCUAUUGCUGUCCCUACUCCGUCCCCUCCCAGUGUGUAUCCAGCCCCUGCCAGUUCAGCUGGCACUUCUCCCCUUCCUGCUACUUCUGCCCCUGCUCCCACUCCUCUCCCUCCUGCAACUGCCCCGUCCUCUGCCGCCCCAGAUGCUGCUGCCGCUGCUGCAGGGGCUCAGCCCCUUGCCGAUGGCUUCACAUCUCCAACUCCCCCUGCUGCUUCUUCCACUCCUUCCGCAGGUCAUCCUGUUCAGUUCUACAGCAUGAACAGACCUGCUACUCGGCACACCCCUCCAACAAUAGGGGGCUCUUUGCCGUACAGGCGUCCUCCUUCCAUCACUUCGCAGAACAGCCUUCAAAACCAGGUGAAUGGAGGACCCUUUUAUAGCCAGAACCCAGUGUCUCUUGCGCCGCCGCCUCCCUCUAUCCUACAGGUAACUCCUCAGUUACCACUCAUGGGAUUUGUGGCCAGAGUUCAGGAGAAUAUUUCAGACACACCUCCACCCCCACCGCCAGUAGAUGAGCCAGUCUUUGAUGAAUCCCCACCACCACCACCUCCUCCAGAAGAUUAUGAGGAGGAAGAAGCCGCUGUGGUAGAAUACAGUGACCCAUACGCCGAAGAGGAUCCACCGUGGGCACCAAGGACCUACUUGGAGAAAGUUGUGGCGAUCUACGACUACAGUAAAGACAAGGAAGAUGAACUCUCCUUUCAGGAAGGCGCCAUCAUCUACGUCAUUAAGAAAAACGACGAUGGUUGGUAUGAGGGGGUGAUGAAUGGAGUAACGGGACUCUUCCCAGGGAACUACGUGGAAUCCAUCAUGCAUUACUCGGAGUGAAGACGGCCACAACAAGAGGCAGAUUUGCUCCUUGCUUGCCAUGAGGUUGUUGGGCUCCCCAGAUCUUCUCCAGCGGCUGGGGGACCCUGUCAAAUGAACUGAAGGAAGGAAGGAUCAUUGUAAACAAAACCACUCUUAUUUUUUUUUUUUGCUUCAAACCCCCACCCCCCAACCAUUUUAUAAAAUAGUGAUUUGAGUUGUUUUGGAGAAAUGGCUCUUCCAUUUGCCAGCAGCGGCUGGGCUGAGCUGAACGACGUAUUUUAAUAAGCUGACCGAUUCGGGUGUAGAUAUAGGAGAUGUAACGAACUUGCCAAUUAACCGAUCCGUUGCUCAAAUUGUGACCCAUUCAAUCAAGACAUGGGAUUUUUCUCAGGAAUAAUGUAAGCCCUGGUAUUGGGACAUCCCAGAUGCCAGUGCUGAAGGGUUGGCUUCGAUAGGCCAUCCACCCCCCUCCCUCUUUGCCUUUCCCCAAGACCCCAUUCUUCACUCUCUUACUAUUGGAAGAGUGCUAUUGUACUGGCAAAAAUUUUGGGGUUCACACACCAACUGGAUCUCAGGUUGGUUCCUUGCAUCUCUGACCCAAAACACUUCUGUAGCUGUUCAGCGUAUGUAGCCUGAUCCAGGUGCACACGGAGCUGGUUUUGAAUCACAUUCCUCUUGCUUUGAUAACACAGGAAGUUGUUGCUUCCUGCUUGGUCCUGUUAUAUAGAUCCUUGAAAGCUGCGAGCGAGGCCUCUCUCAUUUGGUGAAAUGGUUGUUAAAAAGUUGGAAGGAAGAUGAAGCUUGAAAUUAAAAUUUGGGCUGCCUCCCUUUUUGGAGAAAUAUACAGGGAAUAGCUUGCACCCUGCUCUCUUGAUAAGUGACAUAUUGUCCAGAUUCUGCUUUCAGAGUACGUAUAAGCCACAUCUCGUGGUUUCACAUAUCAGGCUUCAGCACUGGUUCUUCUCCCGAAGGCUGGCUGCAAUCUUCUGAAAUUACCUCAUGUUUUAUAGUUUGGGGAAUUAGAAUAGAGAAGAAUUCAGUAUCUCUAGAGGUGGGGGAAGUUUGAAUUCAUUCACAAGUUUCAGCUGAAAGUUUGAGCUGUUUGGCUCAAAUACCAUCAUGCAUACCAAUUGGAUGGUACAAAUUGACUUCAUUGCAUAUCAUGAAAGGCUUGUGGAGUCAGGCAGACAAAUGUGGCCCAGGCCUGUUAGCUGAUCUUGCUAGGAAUCCAGGGGGCUUCCUUCUGUUUUGGUUUCCUUUGAAGGCAAAUUAGAAACGGAAGAGAGCUUGGGCUACCUUUUUUCCAGUCUUGAAAUAUCUUGGCUUUUGGUUAAAUUGCAGCUGUCCUAUUCAGGAUCAGGCAUGGGAGAUAGUAGGGGGCUAACUGUUUCCCCCCUACAUCACGGUUCCAUCAAAAAUAGCCUUUUCCAAGCAGUCGUUAGUUGCAGAAGGAAAUUGGUGCCACCGCCAUGGCAGGUUCCCUCCCAUACAGAGAGCAGCCUUGAAAGGUAUCCCUGUAAAUUUUGUUGGAACCGUGGGGUGGAAGAAAAUUUGUCUCCCCCCUCCUCAUAUGCCACAGCCCCAAUCCUGACCCCCAUAACAGCAACCCAAAUGAACCAUGGGUAUGCAAAAUGCACAUGUUAUGCUAGCCUGCCUUUCUUAACACCAACUAGCCAAAAUUCCAUGAGAAUGUGGUUUUGCAGGCAUCUAGUUCCUCUAUCUGCACAGGCUGCCUUGGCUUACCCUCUGCAACUGGGGAGCUCGGAAAUCUUUUUCAUCAUGCUUUGCUCCAGCCAGGAGCAGAAUUCAAGCGGUACCAAGGAUCUAGCAUAGAUUUUAUGUAUUGCACAGCUUGCUUAUGUAGGGAGUGCCUGCAAAGAUUGCAAAAUCAAUGUUUCGGGCAGCUCUAGCCUCACUGAAGUGGGAUUGCUUUCAGGACUGGCUUGUUUGACGGAGUCAAGGCUUUAUGGGGUUAGGUGGAACAAACUUCACGCUGUAUUCCUAUAGGCACUGGAGCAUCAGGGCAAAUUUCUGACACAGAACGCGCAUGAUAAGACUCCUACAUAUCUACAUUUGUGCAUGCUCUAUCUACCAUGACAACCAAGACGAGGUUGUCUUAUAUUAUGGCCGCGAUGCAACCAUGCACAUAUGUAGGUAUCGGCGUGUGUAAUAUUCUAUGUGUAUUGGGAUGCGCACGGGCCCUAGACCACAGCUCGCCACACGAAGAUGCAGGAGAUGCAGACGUCUGCAAAUGUGCUCCCCGUGGCAGCUCCUCAAGGCCCUUGCUCGGCCCGACAUGAGAAACCCUUGGCGCUCUCAUCUGAUUCUAUACAGGAGGAGGCAAGUCUUGGAUAUUGUUCUGGACUUUGAUGCAGAAAUCUGACCGCCACGAAUGCCUGCAAGAGAACUAGGUGCCGGAAAGAAAAAUGGGGAAAGAAAUGUUUUUUUCCCUUCUGCGCAAAGCACAUUGUGUACCUGCAAGGUAGCUGCUAUGUUGCAAAGAGCUUUUGUAGCCGUGAAAAAUCCGAAGGAAACGAGGCAGGAUAACGAGGAUGCUUUAAUUAGAGUUUCCUUCCUCUCCAACUGCUCCUGCGGGAAUGGGAUUGGGAACCCAUCUUAAUUUCCCCCAUUGUUGAUGCACUUUAAGUCUGGUACUGGGCCCUUGACUUCUUGAGAAUACUACCCCCCCCCCAAAUUAAACCUCACCCCAUUGCUCCAAAAAACCCCUCCCCCCAAAAAGGUUGCCUUAGUGCCAGAUUUGUCACAUCUUAAGAGAGUUGCUGUCUUCUCAGCCCUUCUGGAAAAUGCCACAAUAUCGUUCACCUUAGAUUAUACAGCUGACCAAACAGUAGACCUGCAGUUCCGAUGCCGAAAUAUCGUAAUCUGUCGUUUUUGAGGUUGCAGUUACUGGAGCUUGGGUUUAUUUCUAAGAGCAAAGGAAGGUGGCCUGGAGUGUAGGUCCAAUCCGGACAGAUUCCUCACGCACACAAGUUGUUUGGAGAAGCUUCUGAGAUUGUAUCUGUAGUGGGUCCCCCCUUUUAAAAGUGCUUUCACUAUAGAAUUGGUUUCUAAGGAGCUUCUCUGCACUGGUUUUGUUUUGUUUUGUUUUUUUAUGGUUGCAUUUCCUUGGUUGUGUGGAGACGGACUCUGAUGAUUGUUCCCGGCUCCUGUGGGGGGGCAAUGCCAAGUGUUGCCCUAGAAUACUUGAUUUUGUGGCCGUUCCCCCACAAACCUCCCGGGCCAAGAUCACUUUCCAUGAAGCUGCUGCAGACGGUCUUUCCAGAUUGCUCGCCUCUUGCUGGUUUUAUGCUUUCUAUUCUGCAGUACUAACGUUGUAAAGAAAUUCUUUGGAUUUUACGCUUUUUUUAUUUUGUACAGUUUUGAAUUCUGUAGAAUGUUUAGGGAUGAUAUGUACACGGCCCAGAGUAAUCAGACUUUGUAUGUAUGUAAUGUUGUAUAGACUGCAUGCUAUUUCAAGUCCGUGAGGGUGGUACUCCAUCUAUCGGUUGUAAUUUCCUCUAAACGUUUCCCCUUUUUAAUUUAAUGUUUACUUUUUUUUAAAGAAAAUAAAAGGGGGUGGGUGGGGGACGGGAAAAAGAGGGUGGGGGGGAUAGGCCUGGGAAAUUGGAAAUAAAAUCAUUUUCUCCCCCAUAGAGUCCUGCUUUCAAAAAUCAAAUUGAGGUAUUAAAAGUUAUGAUGAUUUGAUCAUUUACUUUCAGCCUCUUAAGGGCAAACAGUGGAAGAGUUCUAUGUAUCAAGCUCCUUAUCAUUUAUCCCUUCAUAAAAUGGCUUUCAUUCCCUUGGCCUUCCUUCUCCCACCCAUGCAAGUAUUGGAACGAAGAUGUGUGUGUUUUUCCUGCCACUCGCAUUGGCUUCCUGCUUAAAGACAGAAUCUCGGUUUCCACAACAAAUCCUUCCAAGCCAGAAGAGUUGCCAAUCUAGAAUAGGAAUGAUGUAUCGCUGGAGUGUUUGCUUCCGGUUGGUUGUUAUUUCCAAGGGCUGCCUCUGCUCUGCAUUGUGUAAACUACCACUGUCCCCCUAGUUUUGCUCCUGAAGCCUUGUGCACAUGCUGUGUAAAGGGGAAGAGGGACAAAGACCAUACUCCAUGGCUCUGCGUGGCACAGAAGGUGCUCUGAAGACCUGCAAGUGAAUUUCAUCUUGCUACCUUGGACUUUAUUAGCAAUGUUUAGAAGGUGGGGGGGGGAGAGAAGAGAAUUUAAUAGCAUUGGCUCUCAGUUUGCAGUUGCUACGCACUGCUAAAGCUCAGGUUCGGUGCCGUCACUCAAACAUGGGGGUGGCCUCCUCUUCUAUCUCUGCCCCCCUUCCCCCCAUUUUGGAUCAUGUCAUGAUGAUAUUAAAAAGUCCCUUUGUUUCAGACUGUCUUCUGUAAUCUUGCAUGCAAAUAUUGGGAAAACCCAGGCCUGUCCGUUAAUGGGACAUUGCCUAAUGUCCCCAUCAUUGGAGCAUCACUGAGGACCUUGAGUAAAUGGGUCCCUUUCCACAAGGUUUCAGGGUGGAAUGAACCUUUGGAGCUGUUGAGUUUUUGCCGUCAUUCAAUUUUUGAAGUGGCAUCUUCAGUACGUAGGGCUGACUUCCAGUGUUUCCCAAUCUCUGCUGGGCGAAAGCCUUAAAUGUUCAAUUUUUCUCAGUGUUAUCCAAUUGAUCUCGGCUUUGAGCCAAACACAAAGCAGUAAACACUUCCCCCUGUAGGAAAGGGGGGCUAAUUUUAAAUUUCCCCGAGCAAAUUCUGCCAGGGAAAACCAACCAAGGGCAUGGCUAGGUUUGGUGCUAAAAUUGAAUGGAGCAUGAUGUAUGAAUGGAAAUAGGGUGUCUUCCAAUUUGUCGUUUCUGAGGCAGCCUUUGAACAUAGAGCAGUAUUUGAAAGUGUCAUAAGCUUAAUGAGGGGAAUGAUGACUUUAAGACUUGAUAACCGGGGGUGUGGGUGUGUGUGAUUUCUCAGUGAUGCUGAUUAACCUCUCGGUGUUAACUUUGUGUUUGGGAGACAUAAGAGGCAGGCAUAGAUGUUAAAAAACGGUGCACAGCUCAUGUCCUAAAUGAAGAUGGGGAUAGUCCUUGUUCACGAGAAAUGACUCCUUGCAAAUGAGAGAGAAUGGGGAGGUAGCCAACUUGUAGGUUUUACUCAUAAAUGGAUCCGUUGAAAUUAAAGAAAUGUGACCAAUUUCAGUGGGCCUACUGUGAGUAAAGCUUAGUUGGAUAGCACCCAUGACUCUUAAACCUGCAGUAUUAAGACACUCCCUUUUUCCAAAUGAGGAGUGUUGCGGUAUUUAAAUGCAAAAUGAAGCUAACUGAUGUUGCCUAAAUCUAGGCCGCCUUGGUAUUUUUAUUUCAAAGGCCAGAUUUUCCUAGGCAAAUGAAAUUUGGAGGGACUGUCAUUUUUACCUGAGUAUUAGAUUUACCGUCUUCUGCAGCUGCUAUUAUGUGUAUGCAGCAUUUGACCAUACCUUCGUUUGUAGUUAACGUGCUUUCUUGAGAAGAGUGGUAUAUGCCUGUCUUUUUUCCUAGUGCCGUUUCUAAAGGCAGCAAACCAGCAUGCCUCGAGAUGGGCAUAAAAUUUUGAGACCAGAGUUGUGCUGGACCGGAGAAUGAAAUUGUAUGCAGUUCAAUGAUUCUUUUCUUAUUGAUGAUGCUAUCUAUCGUGUGUACCAAAUUCUAAGAGACCAGGUAAAAAGCACAGGCUGGUUUCCAUUGGGAUCUUGCUGAAUGCUCAUGGAUCCAUAUAUCGUGAAGAUCAGGUGCUUAUUUUUCUCACGUAACUAUCAUUGCUUAUGUAUGGAUAGGUUUCUGAAACCUAUCACAAGGAAACAAACUCAAAUUUGGUUAAAUUGAGCAACUUCUGCUACUAGUGGCAAGUGUUUUUUCCCCUGAGCUCUUGUGGUGACCUCAUAGAUGGUGAGAAUUGUGCAGGAUUCUAAAGAAAGCCCUGUUGAAUAUGUUUUACUGUGUGUGCCAUUAAACCACCUUCCAAUGAGUGAGGGAGCAUAAAUUUUAAAGAGUUUUUAAACUGUAUUUGGAAUUAACUGUUGCUGUGUACUAAACCCUCGUUACAAGUCCUAAAUAAAAAAAGAAAGCACACUCGAA